AGGUAAGGCGCUCCCGGCAUGCAACGCGUAAGACUGCGACGGUACUGGGGCGGCGGGGAAGGACCGAGAGGCGGGAGGCGCAGCGGCUCAGGCGCCUACGAACUGGUGGCCUGAACGAGGUAGACCAUGACUGUGGUUUCAGUGGCGUCACUCGCUGGGCCGCUCUUCCUGAGGUUUUCCUAAGCCAUCCCCUGGAGGAACCGCUCCCAGUUUUUGUCCAGAAGUGCUUAUACAAAAGAUGGCUAAUAUUAACCUAAAAGAAAUAACCUUAAUAGUAGGUGUGGUUACUGCCUGCUAUUGGAACAGCCUCUUUUGUGGUUUUGUUUUUGAUGAUGUUUCAGCAAUACUGGAUAACAAAGACUUGCAUCCAUCUACACCUUUAAAAACUUUAUUUCAAAAUGACUUCUGGGGAACCCCUAUGUCUGAGGAGAGAAGCCACAAGUCUUACCGUCCCUUAACAGUAUUGACAUUUCGCUUAAAUUAUUUGUUAAGUGAACUAAAACCAAUGUCAUAUCAUCUCCUGAAUAUGAUUUUUCAUGCUGUGGUUAGUGUGAUAUUUCUCAAAGUAUGCAAACUUUUUCUGGACAACAAGAGUAGUGUGAUUGCUUCUUUACUUUUUGCAGUGCACCCAAUACACACAGAAGCAGUAACGGGAGUUGUUGGAAGAGCAGAACUUUUGUCAUCUAUCUUUUUUCUAGCAGCUUUUUUGUCAUAUACCAGAUCAAAAGGACCAGACAAUUCCAUAAUAUGGACUCCAAUUGCCUUGACAGUGUUUUUAGUGGCUGUUGCAACAUUAUGUAAAGAACAAGGAAUAACAGUUGUAGGAAUUUGCUGUGUGUAUGAAGUGUUUAUUGCCCAGGGGUAUACUUUGCCAUUACUAUGUACUACUGCUGGACAGUUUCUCCGUGGAAAGGGUAGCAUUCCAUUUUCUAUGCUGCAGACACUAGUAAAACUCAUUGUCUUGAUGUUCAGUACAUUAUUACUUGUUGUGAUUAGAGUCCAGGUUAUUCAAUCCCAACUUCCAGUAUUCACCAGGUUUGAUAACCCAGCUGCUGUAAGCCCAACUCCUACAAGGCAACUAACUUUUAACUACCUCCUUCCUGUGAAUGCUUGGUUGUUAUUAAAUCCUUCAGAGCUCUGCUGUGAUUGGACCAUGGGAACAAUACCACUUAUAGAGUCAUUACUAGAUAUUCGAAAUCUGGCCACAUUUACUUUCUUUUGUUUUCUGGGGACGUUGGGAGUAUUCAGUAUCAGAUACUCUGGUGAUUCCUCCAAGACUGUUUUAAUGGCGCUUUGUUUAAUGGCAUUACCAUUUAUUCCUGCAUCGAACCUUUUUUUUCCAGUUGGAUUUGUUGUUGCCGAGCGAGUAUUAUAUGUUCCCAGCAUGGGAUUCUGUAUUUUGGUAGCCCAUGGAUGGCAGAAAAUAUCAACAAAAAGUGUAUUUAAAAAGCUAUCCUGGAUUUGUCUGUCUAUGGUGAUACUCACUCAUUCCUUAAAAACAUUCCACAGAAAUUGGGAUUGGGAGUCUGAAUAUACAUUGUUUAUGUCAGCCUUGAAGGUAAAUAAAAAUAAUGCCAAACUUUGGAAUAAUGUGGGUCAUGCUCUGGAAAAUGAAAAGAACUUUGAGAGAGCUUUGAAAUACUUCUUACAGGCUACCCAUGUUCAGCCAGAUGAUAUUGGUGCCCAUAUGAAUGUAGGAAGAACUUAUAAAAAUUUAAAUAGAACCAAAGAAGCUGAAGAAUCUUACAUGAUGGCUAAAUCACUGAUGCCUCAAAUUAUUCCUGGUAAAAAAUAUGCAGCCAGAAUUGCCCCUAACCACCUAAAUGUUUAUAUCAAUCUGGCUAACCUGAUCCGAGCAAACGAGUCCCGACUGGAAGAAGCAGAUCAGCUGUACCGUCAAGCAAUAAGCAUGAGGCCCGACUUCAAGCAGGCUUACAUUAGCAGAGGAGAAUUGCUUUUAAAAAUGAAUAAACCUCUUAAAGCAAAGGAAGCAUAUCUUAAAGCACUAGAGCUGGACAGAAAUAAUGCAGAUCUUUGGUACAACUUGGCAAUUGUACAUAUUGAACUUAAAGAACCAAAUGAAGCCCUAAAAAACUUUAAUCGUGCUCUGGAACUAAAUCCAAAGCAUAAACUAGCAUUAUUCAACUCUGCUAUAGUAAUGCAAGAAUCAGGUGAGGUUAAACUCAGACCUGAAGCUAGAAAACGACUUCUAAGUUAUAUAAAUGAAGAGCCACUAGAUGCUAAUGGCUAUUUCAAUUUGGGAAUGCUUGCCAUGGAUGACAAAAAGGACAAUGAAGCAGAGAUUUGGAUGAAGAAAGCCAUAAAGUUACAAGCCGACUUCCGAAGUGCUUUGUUUAAUCUGGCUCUCCUGUAUUCCCAGACUGCAAAGGAAUUAAAGGCUUUGCCAAUUUUGGAGGAGUUACUCAGAUACUACCCUGAUCAUAUCAAGGGCCUCAUUUUAAAAGGAGACAUUCUGAUGAAUCAAAAGAAAGAUAUACUAGGAGCAAAAAAAUGUUUUGAAAGGAUUUUGGAGAUGGAUCCAAGCAAUGUGCAAGGAAAACACAAUCUUUGUGUUGUUUAUUUUGAAGAAAAAGACUUAUUAAAAGCUGAAAGAUGCCUUCUUGAAACACUGGCAUUAGCACCACAUGAAGAAUAUAUUCAGCGCCAUUUGAAUAUAGUCAGGGAUAAGAUUUCCUCAUCUAGUUUUAUAGAGCCAAUAUUCCCAACCAGUAAGAUUUCAAGUGUGGAAGGAAAGAAAAUUCCAACUGAAAGUGUAAAAGAAAUUAGAGGUGAAUCCAGACAAACACAAAUAGUAAAAACAAGUGAUAAUAAAAGUCAGUCUAAAUCCAACAAACAAUUAGGAAAAAAUGGAGACGAAGAGACCCCCCACAAAACAACAAAAGACAUCAAAGAAAUUGAGAAGAAAAGAGUUGCUGCUUUAAAAAGACUAGAAGAGAUUGAACGUAUUUUAAAUGCUGCCUGUUCAGUGAGAUGGAGGAGGUGGGCACAUUUAAGGUCAAUUCACUAACCUAUGGUUCAGAGUUCUGAUCAUAUGGAAGUUUGGAAAAGAGAGCUUAUCACAGGUUUGUAUGCUGGUGAAUGGAUAGAGUUUUAAUUCUCACUGUCUCAAAAGAGAAUCAGCUCUCCAGCAGUUCUAGAAAAGCUUUGACAAUCCCCAAAGGGCAGUGUUACCUUACUCCUUCACUGCUUCUUAGAAGGUAGAAUUAAGUUUCUGGAAUUGCACCUACAUGUUUUCUUAUUAACAUUCAUAAUUGGGAAUAUUAAUUUUUCCAGUGAGUAGUUUUCUGAAAUUGGUAACUUGGAGAGUAAAAUAACGUAUUUUGCUUUUCAAUUUUGUGUUUGUUUACUUUUAUGUAAAAAUUUGGUAUGUGAAUUACACAGUUCUAAUAAAACCUCAUGCCUUUUCAUUACAUCUAAUUUGAACUCUCAACUUCAUGUUACAGAAUGCUUUAAAGAUGCUUUAAUGAAAAGUAAAGUAUUAAGAAAAUAUAUAGAUUUGUAUGUCAGUUUAUACUUCAGAAAUCCAUAUAUUUGUCAUACUUAUUUUUUUAGAAACCUCCUAAUUGGAUAACUAGAUGGUAUUUAAAAUGAAUGCCCAAAAAUAUCUUGUACCUUUGUCCAAAAGUUUAUCUGUUGGAAGCCGUCAGCCAUUCAUGUAGAGAGUUUAUAAGAAAAUAAUUUAAAAUUGUAUGCAUUUUAUAUUACUAUGGUAUCUGUGUACCAUAUUUCUAAGUAUUCAUUAUUAAAUUGGUACUUCUUAAAACCAUAA